ACCCCACAUGGUGCCCUGGUGAAUGUGUUGAGAGUAAAGGAUGAACAUACAUUGAUCUGGCUCACCCAGAAAUAGAUGAAGCUUAAUGAGCUUGAUUUAACUGAACAUUAUAAGGCAGAAGCAAAUUUUAAAAGUAUUUUCUUCAGUGACUUGCUUGCAAACACUCCAUGAAUGAGGACUGGUGUUCAGUGUUGGAGGGGAGCCUUCUCGUCAGGUACCACUGUGUGCAGGAAGUGGUGGAGAUUGCCCUGGCUGACACAGAGCACUGAGUGUUCCAUGCCUCAAGACAAAGUCUGAGAUCUGGUUCCACCAAGCAGCAAGUAAUUCACAUUUAAUUCUUCUUUACAGAUAGCCUUAUUUUGCAAAUCGAGGAAGUCUUGCAGACCAAGUUUCUGGUGAGGCUUCCACCUUCUGCUGACAAUUGCCCGCUGGUCUUGAGAUACUCCAAAUAGUUCUUUUUUUGCAGAAACGAGAAGUGCCAGUAUUUGCAGGAAUUAGUGACACUAAUUCUUCUUUCUCCCCAGCCCCACUCGCCCAAUAGUGCAGAGGAAUUGAGUCGGUUCAUCAUUCUGCCUUUCUCAGCCAGCUCAUUGUCCAGCUCUGGGUAAUGUGCAGCAGUUUUAUGUGUUGGUAUGCUCCCAUGAACUUUCCUGUGUUCCAGGCUCUGUCCCCACACAACCCCAUUCAUUCUAGCUCACGUGGUGGUUCAGCAAUUCUUUUAAACUGCCUAGUCCUGCAGCUCCUGAAAGCAACGGAGAGCAACUUUUGAGUUGUACGAGAAACAAUGCCAGUCUUAAUUGUUAUUUUGAGACGACCUGAGUAGCUUGGGAUGACCUCAGAAGGGUUUGGUCCCUCCAGUAGCCUGAAGUUUAGUCAGACAAGAUCUGCACUGUGCUUUGCUGUGCCACUGCUCUCCCGGCUGGGUCAGCAGACUGCCCAUUUCAGCAACUCUCACUAUUACAAAAUCGGGAAAUUUACGGCGGAAAUGAAAUAGUGCAGAUAACGGGGACGUUUUUGGACAGUCAAUGAAAGUGAAGGCCAGGCUCUAGAGAGUUCUGCGUCAUAGUCCAUUUCCACCGGCAACUCAAAUCGUGCGACCAAGGCACGUGGAAGGAGCAGAGGAGAAUAGAGCAGAGGAGAAUAGAGCAGAGCGGGGCGGAGCAGAGCGGGGCAGAACCGGCGCGCCCGGGCCAUUCUCGGUACCGGAGGAGCGGUCCGGGGGAAUCGAAACUGCGCGGCCGCUGCGCUCCGCCCCGCGCCCCGCCAUGGCCGCCGUCAUGGAGCUGGACGGGCUGGAGCUGCAGUGCUCCUGCUGCCUGCAGCUCUUCGCGGAGCCCGUGCGGCUCUCGGGCUGCGGCCACAGCUUCUGCCGGGGCUGCAUCCUCCUGUACUGCGCGGGGCGGCCCCGCGCCCCCUGCCCGCUCUGCCGGUGCCCCUUCGAGCCUCAGCACCUGCGGCCCAACCGCGAGCUGGCCGCGCUGCUCAGCCUCAUCCCGCGGGAGCUGAAGGAAGAGUUGGAAACACUGGAGGAGCCGAAAGCCUGUGGAGCUGCUGCCUGCAACGGCCUGAGCUCGGCGGGGCGAGGACGUGGGGAGAAGAAGGAAGAGACAGGUGGGAGCUCCAAGCAACAAGAAAUAACUGCAGAGACCAUCCAGCUGUUGAGGAAAGAUCUCGAUAAAACAAAGGAAUAUACAUCUCAGAUCAAAAGCCAGAUUAUUAAAGAUUUCUGUUGCAUGAAGGAAUAUGUUGAAAGACAGGAGAGAAACACACUGAUGUUCAUUGAACAACAGCAAAAAGCUGCUCAACAGAAAAUUGAAGAGACUAUUCACCAGCUCACAGACAUCAAAGCCCAAACUAGAGACUUAUGUGAGAGGCAGAGGUAUGAAGGCUCACCUUUGACAAUAAAUAAAAUUACACUUGAUGAAAAGCUUAAUGUUGUCAAAAGUGCUGUAGAAGAUCUUAAGAGAAAGUUGGAAAUUUUACUCUUGGAGAAUUAUGCUCAGCAUCUCCCACCAGUGCAUCCUCCAGACUUAGGCCAGGAGCCAAGUGUCAGCUCAUCGUCUCCAGAGUCUGCAGCUGCAAGUCCUGAACCAACCAUUUCCAGCCAGUUUUCUCAGUGGGCAGAUGAUGUGACUUUUGACCCCACAAGAGUACACGAGCGCUUGGCACUCACAGCCCAGAACAGGAGAGUGAUGGUUUCCAGCCACCCGAGCAGUUAUCAACCAUCACCCAAAAGAUUCUGCAUCAGCCAAGUCAUGUGUUCACAGGGCUUCUCUACUGGGUGCCACUACUGGGAAGUAAUUACCAAGGACAGUGAUGGAUGGGCUGUUGGAGUUGCUCAUGAAAUGAUUGGUAAAAGGGACAAAUUGGGAAGAACUGAGCAUUCCUGGUGUGUAGAAUGGCUAGGUCCUAUAAAACAGCUGUCAGCGUGGCAUAAGGAUCAAAAAACAUUAUUGGACAAGGACAAACCACUGAAGGUUGGAGUUUUCCUGGAGCUACAGAAGAAGACUGUGUCAUUUUACUCCAUCUCUGACAGAGAAAUGCUUUUGCACACCUUUGAAAUCAGUACCUCAGAUCCUCUCUACCCUGCUUUCUGGCUGUACACUCUAGAGAGAAAUGGAUCUUUAACUAUAAGUCAGCCAAACAGCAGAUAAAGCCUACUGAGAACAGAGACAAUUUUGCCAAUGACUGCAGUUUCUGUAAAAGCCUCAGUGUUUAGCACAGGAGUGUACCAAGGAAUGAAUGCAUAUCUACCCAGGCUUUCCUGGGAAUCAGCCACUGGCACUUCUGUCUGCUCUGCUUCUCUUCAUGCUGUGCUCUGGUCUAGCCAUACUUCAUUAAAGCAAUUUCAGCCUAUGCUAAAGGCAGUAACCACCCCGUAGGAGUCAGGUGGGUUUCACAAGCAGCUUUAAGUAGUCCCAGGAUAUUCCUAGGAAAGAAUGGACUAAGGCUUAUCCCAACAUUAGAGCUUCCUUUCUCAUUGACCUCAUUUUUUCCUAUAUUGAUAUUAAAAAAUACAGAAGAACAGAUUAUGCUGUUA